GCAGAGCUUGGCCCGGCCAACACAUUGGUACAUCUGGUGGCGUCCAUAAAGGCAGCGAGGCUGGCUGGGCCGUCAGGCAUCGAGACUAACUGGCUCGUCAGGCAGCCAGGGGAGCCGACAUCCAAGAUAUACCCCGCGCUCCGCGCUCCGGCCACGACAUUGUUGCUGGUCGAUUCCUUUCUGCAUUCUGCCGUCCGCGACUUUCGACUCGGCGAGUCCGUUCGAGUGCAUCGACAUCAUCUUACGCCGACCUCGGCUGCUCCCAAUUUCCCACGCAGAUUCCCCUUCAAACAAACUCGCACGAUGAGCUGGCUGUGUAAACGACUAAAGCGCUUCUUCCCUCGGGGAAAGAAGGUCGGGACGGAAAAGGCCAAGGAAAAGAAACCAGCGAGUGGCGAUCCUAUAAAGACCCAACCUAAGCCGAUCAGUCCUCUUCUCAACAGCGUCAGGCCGAUCAGUCCUCCUCUCAACAGCGUCGAGCCGAUCAGUCCUCCUCUCAACAGCGUCGGGCCGAUCGUUCUUGUUGACAACAUAGGCGGAGGCGCCGCAGGAGUGGGCGCCAGCGGAACCGAUAUCGUCUUGGUCCACGGACUGCGCGGCUCCAGCUUGGGGACGUGGUCCAAGGGAGACAUCUGCUGGCCACGUGACUUUCUGAUGAAAGACGUGAAGCAUAUCAGAGUCAUUACCUGGGGUUAUGACGCAAGCAUCGCCAAUAUCUUCGAUAGUGCCAGCCAGGAAAGUAUUUAUGGCCACGCAGGAACGUUGCUCAAUGAUCUGGCGCGGGUUCGAGUGGGAAUUACCAGGCCGGUUGUCUUCGUUUGCCACAGCCUCGGUGGCCUGGUUGUCAAGCAAGCGCUUAUCGUUGCGAACAGUUACAAACACAACGAACGGCACCCUACUCUAGCUGCCAUAUUCAUACAUACGGCCGGCGUCAUCUUCAUGGGCACUCCAUACCGCGGCAGCUCGAAGGAGCCGUAUGGCGACGUCAUAGCGAACAUUGCGAAACUCGCUCUCCAGCAGCCAAAUAAGCAGCUCCUCCAGACAUUGAGGCAAGACUCGCACAUCCUUGAGGGCCAGCGAAACGAUUUCACUACCAUUUCGCGUGACAUGGAAAUUGUGUGUGUCAGAGAGGAGAAAGCGACGGCCAUAGGCAUGAUUGUCCCAGAGACGUCCGCUUCGUACGAAGGAUUCAAGGUCCUUCCAGGCUCCAUCAACGCGAAUCACAUGAACAUGGUGAAAUUCGCCUCCCAGACAGACCAGGGGUACCAGCGGACUCUAGGCUGGAUCGUGGCGCUCUGCAACACCGCUCGAGUGGCACAGCAAGAGGCGAUGAAUCCUCACAAGGGAAGAAUAAACGAAAUUCUUAGGAUUCUUCACUUCCCGUCAAUAGAUCAGCGGGAGUUGUCUAUUGAGCCAGCAUAUGCCAACACAUGCACCUGGAUAAUGGAAGGCAACUCUGUCACGAAAACGAAUGACCACAGUGCACCACAAUUUAAAGCAUGGCUUGAGAACGACGAGUCGGUCUUCUGGAUCAGCGGCAAGGCUGGCUGCGGCAAGUCAACCCUGAUGAAGUACGUUUACCACCACGUCGAUACAAAAGCAGCGAUCUCUAAGCUGGCAAACGACAAGAAGCUGGUGAUGGCGCAAUACUUCUUUCGGGAGAACGGCGACAACAUGCAGAAAUCCCGGGAAGGAAUGAUCCGGAGUAUUCUGUACCAGAUCCUUAAAGAGCGAAGCGAUCUCAUCCCCGUUGCAUUCCCGACCUUCAUGGGUGACAUGCUGCCAACAUAUGAGACAAUCAAUAUUUGGACAACCUUGAGCAACGCCUUGUUUUCCAUGCUGGAUCAUCUGCAAGACUCGAAAGUGUGUCUUUUCAUUGACGGAUUGGACGAAUAUCGCAUGAUAGACAAGAUGCAUUGCUAUACAGAAGAACAGCUAGACCUUACCUACGACGGCAACAACGAGGACGAAACUUGGGGACUGAGCGAUUGGAUUGUGGAAGGGCAUGAGCAGAUUGCGGACUUUGUCAUCAGGUUGAAGAACCUAUCGAACGUAAAAGUCUGUUUAUCUAGCCGAGAGCUCAACAUCUUCGAAUCAAAGUUCAGCGAGUUUCCAAGGAUCCAGGUGCAUCAGCAUAUAGCCGGGGCAAUCAAAAGGUAUUGCGAAGGGCGGCUUGCGGAAGACGCUCACGACCUUGAAGAUCGGGAAAAGUUUGUGUCAUCAAUUACCGACAAGUCGCGAGGGGUAUUCCUCUGGGUCCAGAUUGUAAUCACUAUGCUUGUCGACGGAUGCAGAAACGGCGACAACCCGCGCGAGCUCUGGGAGGCCUUGGACAAACUACCUCAGAGACUCGGCGGAAAGGACGGUCUCUACAUGUUGAUGAUGCAGAAUGUCAAACGAAAAGAUCUUCUCAUGGGCGCAAGACUGUUUCAACUUGUCAUGCACUUUCAAGCCUCCCAAAUCUACCCAACCUACAGCCUAGACAUGGUCACGCUGUUCCUGGCAGAAGAGGGCCAUCUGGAUACAGACGGCGACGGAGGUUUGAGAGCUAGAAAAGACAGGUUUGCUCCCCGGACUUGGGAAGAGCUACGUCGUCGUUGCACCAACCUACAACGUCGCCUCAAAAGUCGAUGCUUUGGACUCCUGGAGGGGACGGGGGACGUCCAGUUCAUCCACCAAACCGCCAAGGAAUUCAUGUCACGGGCAUACUUGUGGAAUCUCAUCUUUCCCGAUUCGUACGUUUUGAUACCCGAAAUGGAUAAGGACCUCGCCCUACUGAGCGGACUAAUUCGACGUAUGAAAUGCUGCCAGGAAGCCGUCUUACAGCUUCAGAAGACACAAAACACGGGGCAGUCACCCGGAAAAUCUUGGCUGAGGUCAGAGACCCCGAAUCCCUCGGAUACCGCCAUUCGUCUGGUGGAUCUUGCUCUCCAGACGGUCGAUAGGCUCCACGACAGGUUCGGAAAUGUCGACAAUUUAGAAGAGCUUGUGGACGAACUAGAUGCUGCCGCCAGUGACCUCUUAGGGGGGCGGAAUGUUGGCCUUACAGGCCCGUUGCAUCGGUCUUGGGUCGAAAUAAUGUUCCACGAGUCAGAAUCAAGCGGCCACCCGACCAGCCUAUUGGAGCUGAUGACUUGCCGUAAUGUCGAAUCCUAUGUCGUUUCAAAGCUUAAGGGAAACGGCAUUACUCAGCCACAGUCCCAAAUAUUACUUCAAGCCGCGUCGCGACGCGCAGAUCUCAUAUGGAGAGGACAGAAUUACGGAUGGAUCGGGUCAGAGCCGUCACCCAAAAUUGUUGCAGCGUUGUUGGCAGCCGGCGCAGACCCGAACUCUGAGCACGACAAGCGCGAUGAAUCCAAUGCAGCCGUUGGUCCGCAGAAGGUAACGGCGUGGACAGACUUUCUCCUGGACACAUUUCGGUAUCGUCGUUCCCGAGGCUCGAUUUCCUCAGAACAGCUGGCUAUAAUUGACUUGUUCCUCAAAUAUGGCGCAGAUCCGACGGCGCGGGUUUACGACAAGAAGAGCGGGGAGUUCAUCACUGUGGAGAUUCUCCUCAACAACCACCCAACUGGUCGAGCUUCGGACUAGGUUCCCGCACCUUGCAGCUCACUCGACACGGAGUCUCGGGCUGACGUCAGAGUAGUCCGAUGAUUUGCGGUCUACGGCUCCUCGGGCAUCGUGUGAGUAGAAUGGAGCGACGGGCAGAUGCGAGCUGGGGAUGCCUCAAAGAGAUAGCAAUAAUCCAAAUUCUGUGCUUGAACGAAUCCUAAGCCUAAU